AUGGGAGACAAAGGAUAUCCAGCGCAAGGCCCGAUCUUCUGCUUAGCUUUGUUCAUUGUAACGCUGCACCUCGUUCAUGGAGACCUGAGUUAUACUAUCCCAGAAGAGAUGAAACGCGAGGCUGUUAUUGGAAAUGUAGCCAAAGAUCUCGGUCUCGAUCUGAGGACCUUAUCUUCCCGAAAGGCCCGCGUUGAUUUUGAGGGGACUCGUAAACGGUACUGUGAUAUUAAUCUGAGUACCGGAGAUUUGAUCACAUCGGAGAGAAUUGACAGAGAAAGCCUUUGUGGAAAGAAACCCUCGUGUGUCGUGAAAGUAGAUCUGGUGUUAGAAAAUCCUCUCGAGCUUCAUCGUGUAAGUCUCCAUAUUCAAGAUGUUAACGACAACUCGCCAAAAUUCAAAAAGCAAUUAAUUGAAAUGGAAAUAAGAGAGUCGGCUGACAAAGGUAACCGCUUCUCUAUCGAGGAGGCUCAUGACGCAGAUAUAGGUCAAAAUGCUGUUCAAAGGUACAACCUGCAGAAGAACGAUAACUUUAUUCUCGCUGUUGACAGCAACAAGGUUGAACUCGUGCUGGAGAAUACACUUGAUAGAGAGAAACAGAAAGACAUUAAUUUGCUUCUCACAGCUUUAGAUGGAGGCUCUCCUCAGAGAUCAGGUACUGUAGUCAUACACGUCACUGUACUGGAUGCUAAUGAUAACGCCCCAGUGUUUAGCCAGGCCGUUUAUAAAGCCAGUCUGCCUGAAAACUCUCCUCCAGAUACCAUAGUGAUUAAUGUUAGUGCUACUGACGCAGAUGAAGGAGUGAAUGGAGAUGUGACGUAUGAUUUAAGUCAUGUGUCUGAAGAUGAUAUAAAUGCAUUUUCUAUCGAUCCAAAAACUGGAGAAAUUAAAGUAACUGGUGUGAUUGACUUUGAAGAAAGGAGUUCUUUUGAAAUGAGAGAAUCUAAAGAUGGUUUAGGACUAACCUCUUAUGCCAAAGUUAUAAUAGAUGUUACUGAUAUUAAUGAUAAUGUUCCAGUGAUAUAUCUGCAAUCACUCACCAAUCCCAUACCUGAGAACGUGUCACCUGGUACAGAGGUGGGCAUCAUCAACGUGCAGGACAGAGACUCUGAGACUAACAGACAGGUCCGCUGCUCCAUUCAGCAAAACGUCCCCUUUAAGUUGGUUCCUUCUAUUAAAAACUAUUAUUCUCUGGUGACCACAGGACAACUGGACCGUGAACUAGUGUCUGAUUACAACAUUACAAUCACUGCCACUGACGAGGGCUCUCCACCUCUGUCCUCCUCUAAAACUGUUCAGUUAUCUGUAGCAGACAUCAACGACAACCCACCUGUGUUUGAGGAACAGUCCUACAGCGCUUAUGUGACUGAAAAUAACAAACCUGGCUCCACUUUAUGUUCCGUUACUGCUCGAGACCCCGACUGGAGACAAAACGGUACAGUGAUUUAUUCUCUGUUAGCUGGUGAGGUGAACGGUGCCCCGGUGUCCUCCUACCUAUCUGUUAACGGAGACACGGGGGUGAUCCACGCUGUGAGGUCGUUUGAUUAUGAACAGUUCAGGAGUUUUAAAGUCCACGUGAUGGCCAGAGACAACGGUUCUCCUCCGCUCAGCAGCAACGUGACCGUCAGUGUCUUCGUAUCGGACGUGAAUGACAACUCUCCUCAGAUACUGUACCCCGCCCCGGAGGGCAACUCCUUCAUGACCGAGCUGGUCCCCAAAGCUGCACACGGAGGCUCUCUGGUGUCCAAAGUGAUAGCGGUGGACGCGGACUCCGGACAGAACGCCUGGCUGUCCUAUCAUAUAGUCAAAUCCACUGAUCCGGGACUUUUCACUAUUGGUCUCCACAGCGGAGAGAUCAGGACACAGCGGGACAUUUCUGAAUCUGACAGCAUGAAACAGAACCUCAUUGUGUCAGUGAAAGAUAACGGACAGCCCUCUCUCUCUGCCACCUGUUCCAUGUAUUUACUUAUUUCUGAUAACUUGGCUGAGGUGCCAGAACUGAAGGAUAUUUCUUACGACGAGAAGAACUCCAAACUGACCUCUUAUCUGAUCAUCGCGCUGGUGUCUGUGUCCACCUUCUUCCUGACCUUCAUCAUCAUCAUCCUCGGUGUGAGGUUUUGUCACAGGAGAAAGCCCAGACUGUUGUUUGAUGGAGCAGUUGCCAUCCCCAGCGCUUACCUCCCUCCUAAUUACGCAGAUGUUGACGGCACAGGAACUUUACGCAGCACUUACAACUAUGACGCCUACCUGACAACAGGCUCUAGAACCAGUGACUUUAAGUUCGUGUCCUCUUACAAUGACAACACACUGCCUGCUGACCAGACUCUGAGGAAAAGUCCAUCAGACUUUGCUGAUGCGUUUCGCGAUUGUGAUGAUUCCCCUGAGGUAGGAACACAUUCUAUAUUUAAUAUUAAGCAACUGGCAAUGGGAUACAGAACAUUUGCGCUGCUUUCCGGCCUUGCUUUUAUAUUUCUUGUCCUCCACCCUGUCUAUGGAGACGUGAGCUACUCUAUGCCGGAGGAGAUGAAACGUGGAUCUGUUAUUGGAAAUAUCGCAAAGGAUCUGGGACUUGAUUUGGGCAGACUGUCCGCUCGCAAGGCCCGUAUCGAUACGGAAGAUAACAGUGUUAAGUACUGCGGUAUAAAUCUCAACACCGGAGACUUGAUUGUACAAGAAAGGAUUGACAGAGAGGGGCUUUGUGCGAAAAAGGCAUCAUGUGUUCUGAAACAGGAAAUCGUUUUGGAAAACCCUUUAGAACUGCAUCGUAUUAGUAUCCGUGUUCAAGAUAUCAACGACAAUUCACCUCAAUUUAAAGAGGAGUCACUUAAAUUUGAAAUACGCGAAUCGGCGGACAAAGGUGCGCGGUUUCUUCUUGGAGAAGCACAUGACGGAGACAUUGGAGAAAAUUCUGUUCAGAGCUACUCACUUCAGCAGAAUGACCAUUUCAAAUUAAAUGUUAACACGAAAUCUGGCGGAAGGAAAUAUGGUGAAUUGGUCUUAGACAAAGAAUUGGACAGAGAGGACAACAAAGAGAUUAUGUUAUUGCUUACCGCAUUCGAUGGAGGCUCUCCUCAGAGAUCAGGUACUGUAGUCAUACACGUCACUGUACUGGAUGCUAAUGAUAACGCCCCAGUGUUUAGCCAGGCCGUUUAUGAAGCCAGUCUGUCUGAAAACUCUCCUCUGGAUACAUUGGUGAUCACAGUGAGUGCUACUGAUGCAGACGAAGGGUUAAAUAGCGAAAUUACAUACGGAUUUGACCAUGUUUCAGAUAAAAAUAGCAACGUGUUUUCUUUACACUCUAAUUCGGGAGAGGUGAGAGUAGCUGAAAUAAUUGAUUACGAGAAAGUGACAUCCUAUGAAAUGCAGAUCAGCGCAAAAGAUGGUCUGGGAUUAGUUUCCUACGCAACGUUGAUCAUUGAGAUAACUGAUGUAAAUGAUAAUGCUCCAGUGAUAUUUCUGAAAUCACUGACCAAUCCCAUACCUGAGAACGUGUCACCUGGUACAGAGGUGGGCAUCAUCAACGUGCAGGACAGAGACUCUGAGACUAACAGACAGGUCCGCUGCUCCAUUCAGCAAAACGUCCCCUUUAAGUUGGUUCCUUCUAUUAAAAACUAUUAUUCUCUGGUGACCACAGGACAACUGGACCGUGAACUAGUGUCUGAUUACAACAUUACCAUCACUGCCACUGACGAGGGCUCUCCACCUCUGUCCUCCUCUAAAACUGUUCAGUUAUCUGUAGCAGACAUCAACGACAACCCACCUGUGUUUGAGGAACAGUCCUACAGCGCUUAUGUGACUGAAAAUAACAAACCUGGCUCCACUUUAUGUUCCGUUACUGCUCGAGACCCCGACUGGAGACAAAACGGUACAGUGAUUUAUUCUCUGUUAGCUGGUGAGGUGAACGGUGCCCCGGUGUCCUCCUACCUAUCUGUUAACGGAGACACGGGGGUGAUCCACGCUGUGAGGUCGUUUGAUUAUGAACAGUUCAGGAGUUUUAAAGUCCACGUGAUGGCCAGAGACAACGGUUCUCCUCCGCUCAGCAGCAACGUGACCGUCAGUGUCUUCGUAUCGGACGUGAAUGACAACUCUCCUCAGAUACUGUACCCCGCCCCGGAGGGCAACUCCUUCAUGACCGAGCUGGUCCCCAAAGCUGCACACGGAGGCUCUCUGGUGUCCAAAGUGAUAGCGGUGGACGCGGACUCCGGACAGAACGCCUGGCUGUCCUAUCAUAUAGUCAAAUCCACUGAUCCGGGACUUUUCACUAUUGGUCUCCACAGCGGAGAGAUCAGGACACAGCGGGACAUUUCUGAAUCUGACAGCAUGAAACAGAACCUCAUUGUGUCAGUGAAAGAUAACGGACAGCCCUCUCUCUCUGCCACCUGUUCCAUGUAUUUACUUAUUUCUGAUAACUUGGCUGAGGUGCCAGAACUGAAGGAUAUUUCUUACGACGAGAAGAACUCCAAACUGACCUCUUAUCUGAUCAUCGCGCUGGUGUCUGUGUCCACCUUUUUCCUGACCUUCAUCAUCAUCAUCCUCGGUGUGAGGUUUUGUCACAGGAGAAAGCCCAGACUGUUGUUUGAUGGAGCAGUUGCCAUCCCCAGCGCUUACCUCCCUCCUAAUUACGCAGAUGUUGACGGCACAGGAACUUUACGCAGCACUUACAACUAUGACGCCUACCUGACAACAGGUUCUAGAACCAGUGACUUUAAGUUCGUGUCCUCUUACAAUGACAACACACUGCCUGCUGACCAGACUCUGAGGAAAAGUCCUUCAGACUUUGUUGACCCGUUCGAUGAUUUAGAGCCGGCUGUAGAGGUAGGAACAUGUUAA